GAGCAGGAGCCUGCAGGAAUCACAGAUCUUUCUUUUGUCCUCUUGUUCGGGACCCCGACACAUGGGGUCAACACGGCCUGGAUGGGAUCCUACUAAAAGACUGGCUCGGACGCGGACGCACGCAGAUGAGAGCGCGCGUUAAUUAGGAAAACCUGGUCGAGCAAUUAAGCGCAAGGAGAGAAGCCGCGCGGAUUGGAGGCGCAGAAGAGCUCAUUUAGCUCCCCGGUCAGCUUGGCACCAUGAGUUGGAGCUUCCUAACACGUCUGCUGGAUGAGAUCUCCAACCACUCCACCUUCGUCGGGAAGGUCUGGCUGACGGUGCUCAUCAUCUUCCGCAUCGUGCUGACGGCCGUCGGUGGCGAAACCAUCUACUACGAUGAACAGAGUAAAUUUGUGUGCAACACGCAGCAGCCCGGGUGUGAGAACGUGUGCUACGACGCCUUCGCUCCGCUCUCACACGUCCGAUUCUGGAUCUUUCAGGUGAUCCUGAUCACCACGCCCACCAUCAUGUACCUGGGCUUCGCCAUGCACAAGAUCGCCCGCAUGGAGGACGGCGAGUACCGGCCCGUGCGGGCCCAGAAGAAGAGGAUGCCCAUCGUGAGCCGCGGGGCCGUUCGAGACUACGAGGAGGCGGAGGACAACGGAGAGGAGGACCCCAUGAUCGCUGAGGAGAUCGAACAAGACAAACCGGAGCAGAAAGCAGAAAAAGGCUCGGAGAAGAAGCAUGACGGGCGGAGGCGGAUCCUGCGAGACGGCCUGAUGAAGGUCUACGUCUGCCAGCUGCUGUGGCGCUCCUCCUUUGAAAUCGCCUUCCUCUUCGGCCAGUACAUCCUGUACGGCUUCGAGGUCAUCCCCUCCUACGUCUGCACGCGCUCGCCGUGCCCGCACACCGUGGACUGCUUCGUGUCGCGGCCCACGGAGAAGACCAUCUUCCUGCUGGUGAUGUACGUGGUGUCCUUCCUCUGCCUGCUCCUCACCAUCUUCGAGAUCCUCCACUUGGGAAUCGGAGGCAUCCGCGACACGUUCCGCCGGCGCGCCGCGCUCGGCUCCCGCGCGCCCGCUCCGUUGGCGUCGUCGUCGUCGACCGCCGCGCGCUCCAUGCCCACGGCCCCACCCGGGUACCACGCCACCAUGAAGAAGGAGAAACUGAAAGGACAGCUGAGGGACUCGCCGAUGGGCGACUCCGGGCGGGAGAGCUUCGGGGACGAGGGGCCGUCGUCCCGGGAGCUGGAGCGGCUGAGGAGGCACCUGAAGCUGGCCCAGCAGCACCUGGACCUGGCCUACCAGGCCGACGAGGGGAGUCCUUCACGGAGCAGCAGCCCCGAGGUCAACACCUCCGCACAGACGGCCGCCGAGCAGAACCGCCUCAACUUUGCCCAGGAGAAGCAGGGGGAGGCGAGCGAGAAAGGAAUACAUGCCUGAACGUGCUUCCUGCCUCAAACGUCUGCUCUGCCAUUCCUACUGGCCUUAAACACAUGGGGAAGCACAUAUGGGAGUGCAGUCAGACCACUGAGGGAGACCAAAGCGUGUGUGUGUGUGUGUGUGUGUGUGCGCGCCUGUGUGUGUGGAUGAGAGAGUUAUGCCUUUCAGUAUUAGUGGUCAGUCAGAAAGAAAUAAACGCUGACCGAGCUGCGUUGCGUCAAUGGUUCAUCUCCACGACUCUAAACUUGAAAGCCCGCCACAUCUCCACUUCCUGCUCGCCCAAACCCCGACCCAACCGCGUCUACCAAGGUUAUUAUAGUUAACGAAAACUGACGAAAUAACGGAAACUACAAUUGAAAAAACAUUUCCGUAAAAACUAGAGUUUUUAAAAAACGAUGACUAACUGAAACUGUGUUUUGUGGUUACAAAACUAACUA